AUGUCCAAGCAAAUAUUAGUGUCCGAGCUACGCAGACACAGCAGCUCGGACAGCUGUUGGAUCGUGGUCGAUGGUCAGGUCUAUGACAUGACAAGCUUCGCGCCAAACCAUCCUGGUGGUGCUCAAAUUAUCUAUCGAUACGCUGGAAAAGAUGCUUCAAAACAGUAUAAUGCAGUACACGCCCCAUCACUCAUUUCUCAGACGUUGGAUCGUGAGCAGCAUAUCGGCAAGCUGGAUGAGUCGUCAACUCCUGCAGCUUGGGGAAACGGCACGUCGGAAGGCUCUGCCUGUGACUCCGCCCACAGCAAAGCGCCCUUGUCUAGGAUCAUCAAUCUUCACGACUUUGAAGCCUCGGCCAAGAGAUCAUUUAGCAAAAAGGCAUGGGCAAGAUAUGGUUUCGACCCGCUGUCAUGCAAAACGUUGCGCAUGUUCAUACAGCUCUACGUGAACAAAGAUCGCCUGAAGACAGAGCAAUUACUCCAAUUGCUUCAAAAUUCUGGCAAGAUCACAGCGAUUUUUGUGACAGUUGACUUGCCCGUUGUAUCGAAGCGCGAAGAAGACGAACGCGCUGAUCAGGGCCCGAUUGAUGGACUCGGAGUACCAGACAAGAAAGGCGCCGGUCUUGCGCGACAGUCCUCUGCAUUUAUUGAUCCACAAUUAUCCUGGCAGGAUAUACCUUGGAUCCAAAAAUUCACGGAUCUUCCAAUUAUCGUCAAAGGUAUUCAGAGAUGGGAAGAUGCGCAGAUGGCGAUUCGGUAUGGCUGUAAUGGAAUUGUAGUGAGCAACCACGGUGGCAGAGCGGCCGAUACGGCGCAGCCUGCAAUUAUAUCACUACUCGAACUACACAAAAAUCUGCCAGAAGCGUUCGACAAACUCACUAUUCUUGUCGACGGCGGGUUCAGACGAGGAUCAGAUGUUGUGAAAGCCAUUUGUCUCGGGGCGUCUGCUGUGGGCCUGGGCAGGCCAUUUAUGUACUCUGUCAACUAUGGAGAGGAGGGUGUAGUGCAUGUUACGAAUGUGCUGCGUGAAGAAAUCGAGACUGCGAUGAGGCUUUGUGGCAUGACAGAUCUGAUGUCUGAUGCAAGCCCACGCUACCUCAACACGAAAUUGGUGGAUGGGUACGUGGCUGAUCGCAAGCACGAGUACCUACGGGAGCCGAGUAAGAGACUUUCCAAGAUAUAG